GUAGGUUGAACGCAGUGCAUUGUGGGACGUAGGUUGACGGUGAGUGAAGUCAAGAUGGCUGUGAACCUCAAGCAGAGGAAGGAGCCUACUGUAGGGAACCCGUGAAUGAAGUUUUGAAUAACAUAUUCUUCGUCGCUGCCUGUUUAGACUUAAACCGUCGUGCUGUCGAAGUUGUAGUCAACCUGGGGAGGACUUGAUACAUUCACAGACAGCAACAAAAUCACAAACAACUGAGGAUAAAGUCUCGUAUGAAUUCCGACGAGAAGGAGGACUGUGAGUGUGCGCCACCACAGGCCGAGACUAGCCCCGCAGAAGGACCAUAUAGAGAAUACGAGGAGCCUGAAAUAGAAAACCCAGAAGCAAGCCGAAUGAAGCGAGCAGCUGCCAAACAUCUAAUAGAGCGCUAUUACCACCAGUUAACUGAGGGCUGUGGGAAUGAGUCGUGCUCCAACUCCUGGUGUGCCUCAUCAGUCGGUUUCAACCGCAUGGAUAACAACGCAGCGGCGGUCAAAGCCUUGGAGCUCUACAAGGUCAACGCUAAGUUAUGUGACCCCCACCCCUCAAAGAAAGGCACUGCCUCAACCUACCUAGAGAGCAGCGCUCACAGCAACUCAGCCUGCGGCAACAGGAAGUUAAACCACAAAGAUGUCCACUCUGUACGGGACAAUUUCAAAGAUGUAAAUUACCUGACAGAAGAGAAAGUGUAUGAGAUCUUGGACAUCUGUGGAGAGAAAGAAGAUUACUCGCCUCUGAUCAGGGUAAUAGGUAGGGUGUUCUCCAGUGCUGAGGGCCUGGUGCAGAGCUUCCGGAGGUCCAAACCUCACACUAAGGAGGAGCUCAAGUCCCUCCAAGGGAAGGAUGAGGACAAGGAUGAGGAUGAGAAGGAGGCCGCCGCCUGUUCUGCUACAGCUAUGGAGGAGGACUCCCCUGCCUCCUCUUCAUCAUCAAGGCUCGGAGAGGCGUCUUCAGCGGAAAAUGAUGUCCAAAAGCUGGCCCCUGAUGAGGUGUCGGUGGACAUUGAAGCAGUGCGGCGGGUCUAUGAGCGCCUGCUCUCCAAUGAGAAGAUAGAAGCCGCCUUCCUGAACGCGCUGGUCUACCUCUCACCCAAUGUAGAGUGUGAUCUGACUUACCACAAUGUGUACUCACGAGACCCAAACUACCUGAACCUGUUUGUUAUAGUGAUGGAAAACAGCAACCUCCACAGCCCAGACCCAGAGUACCUGGAGAUUGCCCUCCCGCAGUUUUGCAAGGCCAUGAGCAAACUCCCACUGGCAGCCCAGGCCAAGCUGGCAAGCUUGUGGUCACACUACAGCGCAGGACAGAUUCGGCGCAUGGUAGAGACCUUCCAGCAGCUCAUUACCUACAAGGUGAUCAGUAACGAGUUCAACAGCCGCAACCUGGUCAACGAUGAUGACGCAGUAGUGGCAGCCACCAAGUGCUUGAAGAUCGUCUACUAUGCAAACGUGCUGGGCGGCGACCUGGAUGUAGAGCACAACGAGGAUGAGGACGAGGAGCCCAUCCCAGAGUCUAGUGAACUUACCCUGCAAGAGCUGCUGGGUGAGGAACGGCGGAACAAGAAGGGCCCUCGGGUGGACCCGGUGGAGACGGAGUUAGGGAUCCGCACCAACGAUUGCAGACGGCCACUCGUUGCCUUUGAGGAGUUUGUCAAUGAGCCUCUAAAUGAGGUGCUGGAGAUGGACAAGGACUACACUUUCUUUAAGGUUGAAACUGAAAACAAGUUCUCCUUCAUGACCUGCCCCUUCAUCCUGAAUGCCGUCACCAAGAAUCUGGGCCUUUACUACGACAACCGCAUCCGCAUGUACAGUGAGCGGCGUAUAACUGUGCUCUACAGUUUGGUGCAAGGUCAGCAGCUCAAUCCCUACUUGAGGCUCAAAGUGCGGCGAGACCACAUCAUUGACGACGCUUUGGUCAGGCUUGAAAUGAUAGCAAUGGAGAAUCCUGCAGACUUGAAGAAGCAGCUGUAUGUGGAGUUCGAAGGAGAGCAAGGUGUUGAUGAAGGUGGCGUUUCCAAAGAGUUCUUCCAGCUGGUGGUGGAGGAGAUCUUUAACCCAGAUAUUGGCAUGUUCACAUACGACGAGCGCACCAAACUGUUUUGGUUCAACUCGUCAUCACUCGAAAAUGAGGGCCAGUACACUCUGAUUGGCAUCGUUCUUGGUCUGGCCAUCUAUAACAACUGUAUUUUGGAUGUCCACUUUCCUAUGGUGGUCUACAGGAAGUUGAUGGGCAAGAAAGGAACUUUCAGGGACUUGGCUGAUGCAAACCCGGUUCUGUACCAGAGUCUGAAGGAGCUGCUGGAGUAUGAGGGCAGCGUGGAAGAGGACAUGAUGAUCACUUUCCAGAUUUCCCAGACAGACCUGUUUGGGAACCCACUCAUGUAUGAUUUAAGGGAAAACGGGGACAAAAUUCCAGUCACAAAUGAAAACAGAAAGGAGUUUGUUGCUCAGUAUGCAGAAUACAUGCUAAACAAAAGUGUGGAGAAGCAGUUCAAAGCUUUCAGGAGAGGCUUCCACAUGGUCACCAACGAGUCCCCACUCAAAUACCUGUUCAGACCAGAGGAAAUAGAGCUCCUGAUCUGUGGAAGCAGGAACCUGGACUUCCUAGCACUUGAAGAAACAACGGAGUACGAUGGCGGUUACAACAGAGAUUCUCGAAUCAUCAAGGAGUUUUGGGAAACGCUGCAUUCGUUUGGUGAGGAGCAGAAGCGUUUCUUCCUGCAGUUCACCACCGGCACUGACAGAGCACCUGUGGGUGGGCUGGGCAAGCUGAAGAUGAUCAUUGCCAAGAAUGGCCCUGACACUGACAGGUUACCGACGUCUCACACUUGCUUUAAUGUGCUGCUGCUGCCUGAGUACAGCAACAAGGAGAAGCUGAAGGAGAGACUGCUGAAAGCCAUCACCUAUGCCAAAGGGUUUGGCAUGCUCUGAGCCCCUGCUCCAAACACACAGCAAACGGACUCCUUCUCAGAAAGCCCAUCAAACCCUGCUCUGCCCUUCCUUUAUCAAAAGGUGACAAAAGACAGACCAGAGUAUGUUUUGAGGAAAAGCAAGUCCAUAAUGAAAGAGGAGAAAUGCUUCCAAUAGAGUGCUCCAGUAGUUCUUCUACUGUGCCUGCAUCAUCCCACAUCAGUCAGUGUAAGCACAGAGACCUCCUGAUCAAAAUACCCACCCCCACAUCCACAUUAUGUGAAUGUGCAGCAGCCUCCCCGUCUUUUUUUUUUCUUUGUACAGAGAGAAUCAUUUCCUUAUUAUUUAUUUUAAGGUUAAAAUGGGUUAUUUGUCAUGCCUGCCUGUUGUGAUAGUUUCCUUACUUGGGAAAGGGGGGAGGGUUAUUAUUAAACUGUACAUUUGAGACAAUGCAGUAACAAGUCAAUAUAAACUCCAUU